UGCAGCGCGCCUCAGCCGACCUGAUCACUUUUCCCUUAUCCGAAGAGACCAAACAAACCCCCGAGUCCAUCCCACCGUCGCCUUGUCUCUCCCCGCUUCCUCCCUACGCGCGCCAAUGGAGAUCACCGACCCUAGGUGAGCCUCUCGAUCAGCCCGGGCUUCACAAUGGCGUGUCUGGCGCCGCACUUCAAGUGGGCCCCGUCUUCGUUCUCCACCACCCACGCGUACCAGCACCCUUCCCCGUCGUCCUCAUCCUCCAACUCAGGCAGGUGCUCCGGCCGCCGCCUCAUCCGUGUCCAGUGCGCUGCCACUUCUGCUGCUGCAGCAGUCGUCGACGGUGAACGCGCAGCUGGUGGGCCGCUCCACCUCGUUUACUCGUCUCCGGAGUCGGCGCCGGUUCUCCAGAGAAAUUUUGAGUCAACUCUGGCAUCAGAAACAGUUCUGAACAAAGAAGCUGUUGUAACUGCUGCAGCUGCAGAGGCCGUUGCCCUUGCAAGAGCAGCUGCUGAAGCUGCCCAAGAAGUUGUUCACAUGGUACAGAAGAGUAGUUCCCAGCCUGUUUUUAGAAAAAAGGGGGAAGUGGAAAAUUACUUGGCGAAAGAAAUACUUCGCACUGAAAUGUUAUCGAGCAGGGCAUAUGAAUAUAGUGAUGGUGUUCUAUCGGGGGUCUUAGAACCAUAUGGCAUUCCGAGUGAUGAAGCAGAACUAGAUGAUGAUAAACAGGACGCUGAGAACAUAGCUGUUAAGUCUGCACGUCAAUCCGAGAGAAGAGCUCGGAGAACAAGAGCAACAAUGAAGGCAGCUAUAACAGUCCGUGGUUCCCUAAAACUAGUAACAUCAUCGAAGAAAAAGCGAUCCAAGGGUCCAUCGACCAUGAAUCCUUUAGGUUCCUUGUGGAAGAUGACUGGCCGGAAACUUCUUACAGCAAAGGAAGAGGUUGAGCUCUCUAAUGGUAUUCAGGAUCUCUUGAAGCUGGAGGCAAUUCAAGGUGAGCUUGCAGAGUAUAAUGGUGGUCAGCCAACCUUCCCACAGUGGGCAGCUGCAGCUGGAACUGAUGAGAACACUCUGCGGAAACGUCUGGAUCAUGGUAUUCAUUGCAAGAACAGAAUGGUAACAUCUAAUGUGCGGCUUGUAAUCUCUAUUGCCAGAGAAUUUGAAGGUCCAGGGUUGGAGCUUUAUGAUCUUAUUCAGGAAGGGAUGCAGGGCCUUAUAAGAGGUGCUGAAAAGUUUGAUGCAUCAAAGGGUUUUCGGUUCUCUACAUAUUCUCACUGGUGGAUCAAACAAGCAAUGCGGAAAUCUGUCUCUGAGCAAACCCAGAUAUUUCGCUUACCAGCUCACAUGGUUGAGGCAAGUUAUCGUGUGAAGGAGUGCACAAAACGACUGCGCCGUAAACUUAAAAGGCGACCCUCUAAUGAGGAAAUAGCAGUGGACAUUGGUAUGCCAGUUAAACGAGUCGAAGCAGCAGUGAGCCUCCCGAAGUAUAGUGUAUCCCUUGAUAGCAAAAUUGGAAGCACAGACAUGACUUACCAGGAGGUCACAGCUGAUCCCAGCGCUGAGACCGCUGAAGAAAUGCUGAAUAGAAUGUCAAUGAAGAAAGAUGUGCAUCAGGCACUGGAUACUCUGAGCCCACGCGAGAGACAAGUUGUCAAGCUUAGGUUUGGAAUCAACGAUGGUAGGAUAAGAACUUUGCAGGAGAUUGGCAACAUCAUGGGUGUCAGCAGGGAGAGGAUUCGGCAGAUUGAAUCGGGUGCGUUUCGGAAACUGAGGGGCAAGAAAAAGGUGAAGUGUUUGAUGGAUUAUCUGGUGCCUGUAGGCAAUUGGUGAACUGUUUGUCUGCACAGAGUAUUUUUCUUUCAGAUUUAGUUUUGUUUUUGAGAAUCCAUUCCUUGUGCCAUUUACUUAGCACCCCCCCCCCCCCCCCCGCCCCGAUCAAAUAGGUUGUCCAAAAUAUUUGUCUUUAUAGCAAAAGGGCCUAUGUGUUGUAACGGAAGAAAAGAAUACCACAUGCUCCUAAUUUACAAAAAAAAUGGUCUAUAA